UCCUGACGGAGGCGAUGACGGUGAUGACGACAGCCCAAGGAAAACCACGUCGGAUGACGACGAAGAUAGUGAUGACGAGGACGUCGAGGAGAUGACCCCGAAGAGCACCUACAACCCGCGACAGCACCAGGGGCAAAAAGCAGGCGAAGGCGAGCCUGUGCCGGGCGAUAACUGGGAGGAGAUUUGUGCGUGGAAAAAGCUGAAUAACCCAAAGACCAUAUGAACUGCAACAGUAUCGUACUCGUAGUAAUUACUGCAGUUAUGCAUCACAAAUCUCUAUCUUAGAGCAAAUCCGGAUUAUACAAAUUCAAUUUGAAAUGCUGGGUCGAUUUGUAUUGCAAUUUAUACCAAUAAAAUACCAAUAGCACGAUACUUUUGCAAUUCAUACACCAUGUACAUCGACCAGUUUAGAGAUGGCAUCGACCGCGACACGAAUCGCGAGAUCGCGACUUUUAUCAACUGCAAAUAUAUCUGGGUCUGGAAGGUGGAUCCGAACUUGUCAUGCAAACUCUGGAUUACACAAAAAUUUGUGUUGCGUGAACGCCUAAAGCUGUCAACUUUUUGCUACGCAAAUAGCGAGUUUCUCAUGCAGGAUAGGCAUCAAGCGACCCCAAGAAAACUAUGUCAUGCUGCUGCGCGCAUUUUUGCAGGGCAUCUGUCUCUGUGUGACCCAAAAGAUGCAUGACAAACUUGCGCAAUCUUCCAGACCCAGACAUAAUAUUUGCAUUUGAUAACUUUCAUCGCGUUUUGUACCUUUUCGUCUGCUUUUUCGUCUACGUUCGCAUUGCUGGGAGGUGGCAAUGGAAGCAGGGGAGUUCGUGGUGCGCGCUCUCAUGACCUCAUGGCACAGAUGAUGAUGAUGCAGCAAGCAGUCGUGGGCGGUGGUGGUCCUCUGGGUGACUACAACGAUGCCCCAUUGGGAGAAUUGCUUUUCGGUGGCUAUGGCGGACAAGGCAGCUACAUGCUGAAUGACGUCGAUGACCAAGAAGAUGACACUGUCAGCUAUGACUUGCUCAAACGUUACAAUCCCAAACGUUACAAUAGAAUCUGGAAUCUGUGUUGCAUGAUGAGCAUAGCAGACUUGCACCGCGUUCCUGUAGUUCCACCUUUUGCAAUACAAAUUUCGCCAGAUCUUUGUAGUGGGUUUUGGGGCUCGGGAACUUGUCAUGCGCAAUCCUAUGAGAGGUGUUGGCUAGAUCUUGCACUCCUGCAUCACAGAUUUUCAUAUUCUAUUGCAACGUUUGAGAUUGUAACAUCUGAGGGGGUUAUAUCAGCCUGGUUAGCUGCCCGCAGGCACGCAUUGGGCUCGCCAACACGGACCGGGACAUGCGGCUUAUGCGGUUAUCCUCGUUAUUGGGCUUAUGAAAUGCAAAAACAUAAAGAUAAACAUCGUAGUAGGAUAUAUUGCAUUACAAAUUUUCCCAGAAGGACGAAAGGGACUUGUAGUGCUGAUUUUGCUGAGCAACAAGAUUUGUCAUGCAUAAUUGCAAUUAGCACGACUAUACGAUACUUUUUCACAGGAUAAGGCAACGGCAACAGCAACUCCAACUUCUUCGCGAACAACCACGAUGGAGAUCA